AUGCUGCAGUUUGGUGACUGGAACCAGAGAGGUGGAGUAACUAUUCCUGAUUAUUCUAUGGAUUUCACAAAGAUUAUAAAGAUGUGGAAACAGAACAAAAGAGACCCUUCUCGAGCCAGUCUUGGCAACGAAGAUGAGCUCACUAAGCCACCCGAAUCAGCUUCAGCAACUGCUAAGCUCACCACGGUUCAUAGUGAAGACCAACAUCAGUUCUCUCCAGCUCAUCAUCACCAACCACAUUCCCCUUUAGUUUAUGAAGAAUAUGAUUUCUAUUACAACAUUUAG